GCGAGCGCAGACCCCCGGCGGCCAGGCGGCGGUGCCGGGCAGUGGCGGCGGCAGGAUGUGUGACCGAAAUGGGGGACGGCGGCUCCGGCAGUGGCUGAUCGAGCAGAUUGACAGCAACAUGUACCCCGGGCUGAUCUGGGAAAACGACGAGAAGGGCAUGUUCCGGAUCCCGUGGAAGCACGCUGGCAAGCAGGACUAUAACCAGGAGGUGGACGCCUCCAUUUUCAAGGCCUGGGCAGUUUUUAAAGGGAAGUUUAAAGAAGGGGAUAAAGCUGAACCAGCCACUUGGAAGACGAGGUUACGCUGUGCUUUAAACAAGAGCCCAGAUUUUGAGGAAGUGACAGACCGGUCCCAGCUGGACAUUUCUGAGCCAUACAAAGUUUACCGAAUCGUCCCUGAGGAGGAGCAGAAAUGCAAACUGGGCAUGGCGACCCCCACUUGUGUGAGUGAAGUCUCGGAGAUGGAGUGUGGACGCUCUGAAAUUGAUGAGCUGAUGAUCAAGGAGCCUUCCGUGGACGAUUACGUGGGGAUGAUCAAAAGGAGCCCGUCCCCGCCAGAGGCCUGUCGGAGUCAGCUUCUUCCAGACUGGUGGGCGCAGCAGCCUGGCACAGGCUUGCCGCUGGUAUCUGGGUACACCACCUACGAUGUGCACCAUUCAGUUUUCUCCCAGAUGGUCAUCAGCUUCUACUACGGGGGCAAGCUGAUGGGCCAGUCCACCACCACCUGCCCGGACGGCUGCCGCCUGUCCCUGGGUCAGCCCGGGCUGCCAGGACCCAAGCUGUACGGGCCUGAGAGCCUGGAGCUGGUGCGCUUCCCGCCCGCUGACGCCAUCCCCAGCGAGCGGCAGAGGCAGGUGACGCGGAAGCUGUUUGGGCACCUGGAGCGCGGGGUGCUGCUGUACAGCAGCCGGCAGGGCGUGUUCGUCAAGCGGCUGUGCCAGGGCCGCGUGUUCUGCAGCGGCAACGCCGUGGUGUGCAAGGGCAGGCCCAACAAGCUGGAGCGCGACGAGGUGGUCCAGGUCUUUGACACCAGCCAGUUCUUCCGAGAGCUGCAGCAGUUCUACAGCAGCCAGGGCCGGCUCCCUGACAGCGGGGUGGUGCUGUGCUUUGGGGAAGAGUUUCCAGACAUGGCCCCCUUGCGCUCCAAACUCAUUCUUGUGCAGAUAGAGCAGCUCUACGUCCGGCAGCUGGUGGAAGAAGCUGGGAAGAGCUGUGGGGCCAGCUCCACGAUGCAGGUUUCUGAGGAGUCCCAGCCGGACCAGGUCUUCCGGAUGUUCCCGGAUUUCUGUACCCCACAGCAGAGACCCUUUUUCAGGGAAAACCAACAGAUCACGGUCUAGGUGUCUCCCCUGGGCACCCCACACCGCCGCUGUCUUGCAUUUCACUAUUACAAUGACUACUGUAAUUCCUGAAGGAUGUGGGUCCCGCUGGCCGGGGUGGGACCCCUGCUUUGCUCUUGGUGUAGUAAGGACAUCCACCCAGGAGCUGACGUUUAAAACAAAGUCAUGCCGCCUUUCCAGAUACAAAUGCCGGAACUUAUACACCAGAUGGUCGGGAUACCAUGACUAUAAUCUGUGAUAAAAAAUAAUGUCAUUUUCUACAUUUCCCCCCUAAUUAUUAGUUGCUUUAAUCCUGUCCGCAUUUUGGGUCGACAUUUCCAAAGACUUAUCCUGCAGUAAAUAUUAGCAGGUACCGCUUCAAGUAAAGAAAUUUGAAGUUUAAAAUCAACUUGUAAUAAUAAGACUGUUUCUGUCUUUAUCUUGUGUUAGAGUUGUAGGCUUAUGAUUUCACAUGCUUGAUUCUACGUGAAAUAUCUUUUUACUUUUAAGCAUUUUGGUAAGGUUUAAAACUAUUUGGAUACACGCCUCCCUUUAAAUUGCAAGCCCGUGGGGUUCGUGUGUCCUUAAUCCCCACCCCCCAAUAUGGUAGGCAAUUUGAAUAAAAGCAAAACUCUUGACUUGUUAGUCUAAAAGUCUAACCUCUUGACUUGUUAGAAGGAAGUCUGUUCUACCCACAUUGGGUGCAGGGAUGCACGUUCAUAUCCAGAGAACUGCUGUGUCUCUGUCUUCAGACAAUGCAAACUUUUCCUCUAGGGCUUUCUUGCCGGGAAGCUUAAAGAUAAAUUUAUUUUUUCAUUACUGUAAUUAAAUCAUUCCAGAUACCUCUUUUUUUUCCUUCUUUCUAAAUGAUU